CUGAGAUCAACACAGAGUGUUAAGAAAUGUCGACAAGAUCAUAUCUCCUGGAAGAGGAGCUCUCCUGUCCUGUGUGCUUUGACAUAUUCAAGGAUCCUGUUUUACUGACAUGUAGUCACAGUUUCUGUAAAGCAUGUCUAGAGCUGUUCUGGGAAGAGAGGUGCUCUCAGGAUUGUCCUGUUUGCAGGAGAAGGUCUUCUAAAUUCCGGCCUCCUACCAACUUGGCUUUAAAGAAUAUUACCAAAACCUUCUUAAAGGAGAAAUACUCAAGACAUCCAGCAAGGGCAGAAGUUCUGUGCUGUCUUCACCAGGAAAAAUUAAAGCUCUUCUGCAUGGAUGAUCAAGAGCUUCUUUGUGCUGUUUGUCAGACUUCUAUAAAUCAUGAAAAUCACACAUUACGCCCACUGCAGGAAGCAGCUCAGAUUUAUAAGAAUCAGCUCCAGACUGCACUGGAUCCUUUGAAGGAGAAGCUGGAAUCUUUUCGUAAAAUGAAACAAACAUAUGAGAAAACAGAAGAACACAUUAGGACCCAGUUUUGUCAAACAGAAAGACAGAUAACGAAAGAAUUUGAGAAACUUCAUCAAUUCCUAAGAGAUGAAGAAGCAGUAAGGAUAGCUGCACUGAGGGAGGAAUAUGAGCAAAAGACUCAAAUGAUGAUGAAGAAGAUUGAGAACACUACAAAAGCAAAAUCAUCCCUUUUAGACACAAUCAGAGCCAUAGAACAGGUGACAGGAGCUGGAGAUAUAUCAUUCCUACAGAACUACAAGAACACAAAGAGAAGGACUCAGUGCACACUUCAAGAUCCAGAAGGAAUUCCAGGAGCGCUGAUAGAUGUUGCCAAGCACUUGGGAUCUCUGAAGUACAAAGUCUGGGAGAAGAUGCUGGGAAUUAUUCAAUAUACUCCUGUGAUUCUGGACCCCAACACAGCUGCCUCCUAUCUCUCAUUAUCUGAAGAUCUAACCAGCUUGAGAUACACUGAAGAGAGAAACCAGAUUCCAGACAACCCAGAGAGAUUUGAUCUCCGGGUAUGUGUGCUUGGAUCUGAGGGGUUCACCUCAGGCAGACAUUAUUGGGAUGUUGAGGUAGGAGACAAAACUGACUGGAUUCUGGGUGUUGCCAAAGAAUCCAUUGACAGGAAAGGACUCAUCAUUCCCAGCCCAGGAAGAGGAUUUUGGACUAUAUGUCUGUGGGGUGGGAACUACUUUGCUAUGACAUCACCAGAUACACAACUUAGUCCAAAGCGAAGCCCAAAGAAGAUAAGAGUGCAGUUGGACUAUGAUUGUGGUAUUGUGUCAUUCUUUGAUCUCAGUGACAAAACGCCCAUUUACACUUUUCAAGACACAUUUGCUGAGAAGGUGUUUCCCUUCUUCUUUCCUGGCUACCCUGGUCCUCUUCAUAUCUGCCCAAUGAAAAUAUCUAUUAAAGUGGAAAACGGUGCAGUUUUUUGCCACUAAAGAUCACUUCAAACAAGGCUUUUGGUAUACCUCAGAUUGUACUGACCCUGAAUUACUCUUGCCCAUUGUAAAUACAUACGAAAGUAUCAUUGACUAGUGCUGUGCUAGUGGUUGUGGAGAAAAAAAAAAAGAUGGAGUAAAAUUGUCUUAGGUGCUGAGAACAUUUAAAGAUUGGGAAUUCUCAAUGGGUAAAGAUUGUAUAGGCUCAAAAUCCAGUUUUCUGUAUAAAGGUAAACUUACACAAUAUACAAUACAUACACUUACAGAUUGAUUUAAUGAAAUAACCAAGGAUUUUACAUUUCAUACUGUAAUACACACUGGACACACAUUCAUGACAUGUAUUAAAGAUGAAAUGACUAAUUUAUUGAAUUAAUAUUGUUUCCUGACAUACAACAUACAGACAUUAAUACUUCAAUUCGUCUGUAAAUGUCUGUAGAUGUGUAUCCCAGUUAUAAAAUUACAAUCUGACAAAAACAACUGAUUGACUUCUAUAUAUCAGCAGUAUACUGCAUAAAAUAUAUCAUUUUCUUUACGAUACAUUUGACAAAUGUUUAAUGCUUAUUCAUAUUUUAAGUUAAAAUUAUAAAUAAUUCUGCAGCAAGCUCUGUGAAAUUAAACAUUUGGUUUACAAUAUUAAUGCUUCUAUUGAAUGUUAACGCUUCAUGUUACUUAGAUAUCUUAACAAAUUUACAUAAUUUUCUUCUGAAUUCUAUAUAAGUUUUGUAUAACUAAUGAUGUUAUUUUUCAGUUUAAUUUUUCAGUGAUUGUGAAAUACUGCUGACCUCUAGCUUUCAAGACCUUUAUUUCAGCAUGCUAUUGGUAUAGAUGUGUAUCUCUAAUUUUGUGUUGUAAGAGUAAUUAAAUGGAAAUUUUAAGAAAUAUUUAGGGAAGGAGGACAGCAAAUAAAGUUUCCCUUACUUCUGCAAGUGAACCUAGUAAUUCUCCAUGAUGUCACUUCUAGAAACAAUUGUAAUAAGGACAAUCUUUUCUCUUGUUCAAAUUUGUCUCACUACAUCCCUCCUCUACCCCAUCAACACCUUUACAGUUACCCCAUGGUAUACAAUAUACAUGUAUGUACCUGUAUAUAAAUGGUAUAUACAUAUAUUUUCAUCUUCAUGCUACUCCCAGAGAUUUGCACCAAGCAAUUAAGUUGUAAGUAAAAAUGAAAAAUGAUAAACAAAUAUUGUGAUGUGCAACCCUUGAACAUAUACUUGAGCUAGAGAAUGACAAUGGUUAUAUUUAUUUAAAAUGUGAAUAUAUUUUCUCUUGCAAAUACAGUGCAAAAAUGCAUAUAUUCUUUUCCAGGGAUGCAAAAUGUAGAAAAUCAUCCAUCCUAUGGAUAUGCAUCUAAUGAUUUAUAGAGUAGUGGUUCCCAGCCCUACAGCACCACAGUGUCUUCCUGUUUUCACUUGAGCCCAAUUUUCUAAUCUCAGGUUAAAGAAGUUAAAUACUUUUUGAGGAAAAUGUCUAUGAUUUCAGCUCUUAAAAUAAAAUUCAAAUAGAAUGUAGAAUUGGUAUCACACCUGCAGCAAGUUCAUUCACAUAUGUUUCCUGAAAUGUAAACUGCAAUGUAGAAAAGGAAAAAAACAGAAUCAUUGGGGGCAUGUUUGAGUGCUGUCCUUCCCACCUGCAUCUUGAUUCAAAAUAGUUUUCCUAAGCAUUAAGAGCAUUCUAAAGUAUGUUUAAAGGUUUUUAUAAACACAGGACUAAAAUUCUUUACAUGUAAGUCUACAUAGGUAAGGAUUUUAGAAAUUAGAAGCUCAAAGAAGAGUUAGGCUUCUGUCUUAUUUUCUUGCUUCAUUUUGUUUGGAGUGUAACUGCACACUGUAAAUAAAAGAACACUAUUUGUACCUUA